CCGCCGCCACCAGCCCCGGCUCCUCGGCGCGAAAGAUGCUGCAGCUCUGUCUCCUCGCCGCGCACGCUCUGCGGCUCGCCGGGGCGGCCUUGCUCUCCCCGGGGUCGUGCGCCUUUGAGGACAGCGCCUGCGGCUACCAGUGGGACUACGCGCAUCUGCCCUGGGCGCUGCACACGGAAGGACAUUACAUUUCUGUGGAUACAUCUUAUGAGGGUGAGAAGGCAGUGCUGUCCAGCCCUGAGCUGUACUCCGAGGAGUGGAGCUGCAUCAGAUUAAUUUAUCAGAUAGCAGUGACUUCAGAGACUUCACCUGAUCCUGCCAGGCUCAACCUGUACCUCAGACAAGAAGGAGAGAGCUUUGAUCGUUUGCUGUGGUCAGCGGAGGAGCCUUCAGAUAGCUGGCUCAUAGCUAGCUUAGAUUUAAAAAACAACACAAAGAAGUACAAGAUUGUACUGGAAGGUGAAAUGGGACAAGAUAAAUCCACCAGCAUAGCAGUUUUUGAAAUUAAAAUCACUCCUGGAUAUUGUAUUGAGUGUGACUUUGAAGAAAACCAUCUCUGUGGCUUUGUGAACCGCUGGAACCCCAACGUCAACUGGUUUGUCGGUGGAGGGAACAUACGCAAUUCUCAGUCUAUCUUGCCCAAAGACCACACACUUAACAGUGAACUGGGUCACUACAUGUAUGUUGACUCCAUUUAUGUCAAGCAUUUUCAGGAAGUGGCCCAGCUAAUCUCGCCAAAGACCACAACCCCAAUGUCUGGCUGCUUAUCUUUUUAUUAUCAACUUAAGCAGGAGAGUAGCAUUGUUUUUACUGUUUACUUGAAAGACACAAGUGGCUUUUAUGAAGAGAUCUGGAAAACAGACAGUGCACUGAGUGCGGAGUGGAUGCUAGCAGAAGUUGACUUCAAUGCACCAUACCCCAUGGAGGUAAUAUUUGAAGUUGCUUUCAAUAGUGCCAAGGGAGGUUACGUUGCUCUUGAUGACAUUUCUUUCUCUCCAAUUUACUGCAGCAAUCAGACAGGGACUUCUUUCAAUCCUGCCAAGGCAGGCUGCAAUUUUGAGGAAGAUCUGUGUAAUUUUUACCAGGAUCACAAAGAUGGCCCAGAAUGGAGCAGAGUGAAAGUGAAGCGCAAUGUGUACAGAGCAGGAGAUCACACUACUGGAUUUGGUUAUUACUUGUUGGCAAACACAAAGUUCACCUCACAGCCUGGGUACAUUGGACGUCUGUAUGGCCCGACCCUGCCAGGAAACCUGCAGUUCUGUCUGCGUUUUUAUUAUGCCCUAUAUGGGUUUUUCAAAAUGACUGGCACUCUUGCUGUUUAUAUCUUUGAGGAGAAUCAUGUCGUUCAAGAGAAAAUCUGGUCCGUCUUGGACUCUCCAAAGGGAGUUUGGACUCAAGCUGAAAUCUCCUUCAAAAAGCCUAUGCCUUGCAAGGUUGUUUUUGUCAGCUGGUGUAAAAGCUUCUGGGACUGUGGACUUGUGGCACUGGAUGAUAUCUCAUUGCAGCUUGGAAGCUGCCAGGCUGCUGAUGUAUUGCUGCCUAAUCCUGGAGAGUGCACUUUUGAAAAAGAUGAGUGUAUGUUUAUCCAGAAGAGGAGAGGUCGUGGGAGUUGGCACAGGAGAAGGGGUCCAACUCCCACUUCUUACACUGGACCAAAAGGAGACCACACUACUGGGGUGGGGUACUACAUGUAUAUAGAAGCAUCCAACAUGGUAUAUGGACAGAGAGCAUACCUAGUUUCAAGAUCGCUAAGAGGAACUGCUGGAAAACAGUGCCUCACAUUCUUCUAUCACAUGUAUGGAGCUGGGACUGGAUUAUUAAGUGUUUAUCUAAAAAAGGAAGGUGAUGAUGAAGAGAUUCCUUUGUGGAGAAGGACAGGGGAACAAAGCAUCUCAUGGCUAAGGGGACUGAUAGAAUAUGAAAGUGACAGAAACUAUCAGAUUAUUUUUGAGGCAAUUCGUGGUGUAUCAAUCAGAAGUGACACUGCUAUUGAUGAUAUUCUGUUCCAGGCGGGACCGUGUUUAGAAGUGGAAGAAAUUCAACUGUCAUCAGGUUAUCCUGACAGCUUAAAUGAAAUUGAGUAUUAAAUACAGUUUGCUGAGAAGAAUGAAGAUUUUUAUGUGAGAAACUGCACAAAGUGCCUAUUUGAAAGUAUUUUUAAAGUAAAUCCUGGACUGGUUUGAAUAUGCACCAAUGUAUAGGAAGAACUCAGAGCACUCAUGUUCCUCACCUUUGCAAUGAAAUUAAUGACUCAGGGCUUCUUAGACUUCUUUUAAAAAACGUUUUUUCUCUUUUGCAUGAUGUUAUCAGUUAUUACAUAAAAGCAUAGAUCAUUAAUUUUAAUGCAUUUUUAACCUUUCUGAUAUAUAGGUAAAAAGAGGAAAGUAAAGGUGCAUUGUUAAAAUUCAGUAUUGCAUUGUCUUAAUCUGCAUUCAGUGAAUGUUUUGUGUUGGGUACAGAAUGGAUUUUUGUUAAGGAAGUUAAGACUGUUUUGAAUGAUAAAGAAAAUGUUCCAUUUGCUACUAACAACUUACAAGUUAAGUGCAUUCAUGAUGACAAAUCUCUCUGGGAGACUCAACACUUUUUGGCAAUUUUUUUGUGACUUUGUAUUCUUCUGUUAUAACAAAUAUAUUUGUCAUCCUUGCCAAUAAUGAACUCACUUUUUGUGUUCCAGUAUAAUUCAAUGCAAGCUGCUGACAUUUUGAACUAUAGGAAAUGAAAGAGUUUGGAAAUUUCUGGUAUACGAGUCAUGUUUGGGGAUUUUUUUUAACAAAUCAGUUUGCACACUCAUAGAGAAUGUAUUUAUGUUUUACCCAACCACAGAUGCCUUGCAUUUAUAUUAAUAGGACAUUAAGUUCAAACAAUCUGUUAAUUUUUAAGAUUUUAUGUGUUUGUAAGGUUUCAUUUUGAAAUUAUUAUAACUUCCUAAUAAAAUAUAACUUUGAAAAU